AUGCCGUGGACAAUCUGGCCAGCUUUGGUCGUCCUUUGGGGAGUUUGCUGGAUGUUUUAUCCUUCUCCCGACAAGACCUUUGAUGGGACGAGUCUAGACAGCCAGCCACCUCUUGAAUACCAGCUCCGACCUGAAGAGCUCGACGACGGGUUGCUCUGGUUAGAUCUAUCCGGAGUCCAUCCCAUUUCUCAGUCUUUUGGGGAUCUCUCAUUUUCUGCUGAAUGGUGGAAUCAUGAUGCAGAGCCUUGUCCACCAACUUCAACACGCCAGCCUGGUCCGACAACUACUUUCGACCCAGAUCGAAGCACCACGAAUCCUUCCAACGCAGGUUCGGCGUCGCAGCAUGAGUUAGUGUCUGGCCCUCAAAGACAGUCUGAAAGCCAAUGGGGCGGACCGGAGAUGGACGAUGUUACCAACCACAUUGUAGCGAUGGCAUCUGAGCCCACUGCUACCAACCGACUAAAAUGCCCAGAUUGCGACAAAAUCCUUUCAAGGCAUGAUUCUCUCAGGCGCCAUCAGCAGACACAACAUAAUCGGGAGGUAGAGGAGCAUCUUUGUCCUUACAAACCGUGCAAACGGUCAAGACAAGGAUCGGGCUUCUCUCGACCUGAUGGACUCCGGCGACAUCUGAAAGCAUGCAAGUUACGGCGCAAAAGAGCUCUCACGGUGGCUUCGGAGGCUGCGAAUAGCCAGACAGACAGCGGAAACGGAACAAGGGAAGACAGUCAAGCGCGCAGUUCGAGUCAUGACACUCGCGGCACGGAAAACUGCAAUGAUGCAAACACCCAGCAGUCUUCUUCCGACAGCUUGAUAGUUGGGUUACGAAGGCGUCUUGCAGAAGCAGAAGAAGCCCGUGACAAAGCAAAACGCGAGUAUGAGGAAGCACAGAAAAGGGUGGCAAGCUACGAGAUGACAAUCGAAAUGUUGGAAAAGGAACACACAUGA